UUUACUUCCAUCCGUCGCGCUUUCAACAUCGCAAAAUUUGUGCUAUACCUUAGAGUGAUGUCGUCGCUCGUCGUCGCGAGUUUAAUGGGGUUUGAAUAAUGGCACAUUCGCGAUUUCUAUCAUACAUUGAUUUUUCGGUUUCUGAGAAUAUCAUCUGAAGUUAACUGUGCCGUGAGUUGAUAUUCUCAAGUGUCCGGGGGAAUUCACAUCGGUGGUGACUGAGGGAUUAGAAUGUGAUAAGAAUCGAGUGGUGUUUCAUAAACACUUGAGAAAGAAAUAGUGAUUAACUCAUGGACUGAGUCAAAUGCGAGUCGAUUUGUCAGAAAAUAUUCAUAAAAUCUUGUUUCGGUGGAUAUAGCAUAAGGUCUGUUUGUGCAUAAUUCAUGCAAAUGGCAAUAUAGAAAGUGGAUUUCCAAAGGUGGCAGCUCCCACAAUGUAUGGGUGGCUAAUUAAUUUGAAUUUAUGAUGGUGUUACAUUGGGUGGAGACGAGCCUUCAGCGAUUGAAAAGUUCCAAAUAGGGAGUGAUUUGAUUUUUGUCUGCAUUCUAGUUGAGGGUUGUAUCGUGUCAGCUGUUCCUUUGUGAGAUUACCCAAAGAGCAUAUAAAUGUAGUGACCAAUGAUAGUGCGUGGCGCUCGUGAUCGACAUACCUCCAGUGCAACAAAUCCAAUCUUGGCGCAUAAGUGAAAGAAAGAAGUGCGCUCUUGUUUCGAUCGUUUCGCAUAAGUUUAUGGAGGAGAAAGUGAUCGCGUUCGGUGGGCGAAAAAAGCGACGGGAAACAAUGUCACGACGUAUCAAUUUGAUCGGGGUGUGUGCCAUUAGCGGGUUGUGCAUCUUGCUGCUCUUUGCGAGCCACCGGUUUACGUCCAAUAGCUACACUACGGAGUAUUUUAAGCCCCGGGAACGCAACGCCAAUCUGCGGCUGCUGAAUGCACACAAAUUCUACGGCGCAAAAACAUUCAGCGGGAGUUCAUCGUACGACACCUACCCGCCUAUUCCAACGCCUCAGAAUUCCACCGUCACCAUUGAAGAUGUUCUGAACUAUCAACGUUCGCGGAUAGCGGACGAAAUGGCCGAGUUUGAGUAUCCCAAUGGCCAGUUCAACAACGAUGCUUCCAAAUUGACCGAUUUGACACCGGAAACGGGGGGCCAACCGAUGCGUAGCAUAAUCAUUACCACGUGGCGUUCGGGAUCGACCUUCUUGGGCGACAUUCUGAACGCCAUGCCCGGUAACUACUACCACUACGAACCGCUGUUGGAUUUCGACAUCGUUCAAAUCCGAGGCCCCCCUAACGAUCGAAUCGCCAUUCACAAUCUGAAGCAUCUGCUCAAGUGCGAUUACAACGAGAUGGAAAGUUAUUUGGACUUUGGCCGGACGCACAACUAUCUGUUCAGUCAUAACACUCGCCUGUGGCGACAUUGUCGACUCUUUCCACACUUUUGCUACGAACCGAAGUUCCUUGGGCCUUUCUGCAAGCUGUUCCCCCUGCAGAGCAUGAAGGUAGUGCGCCUGAGGGCAUCACUAGUCCAACCACUGCUGGAAGAUGAAAGCCUAAAUGUCCGUGUCAUCCUGCUGAUUCGGGAUCCAAGAGGCUCGCUGCAAUCCCGUAAGCAUCGGGUGUGGUGUCCCGGUCGUCCCGAUUGUGACCACCCGCCCACCGUUUGCAAUGACAUGCAGCUUGACUACGAAGCGGCCAUCGAGCUGACGAAGCUCUUUCCCACGAGGUUUAGAGCUAUCCGGUAUGAGGAUCUCUCGCUGAACCCUUAUAAGAUUACCAAAGAGAUCCUGACAUUCUACGGUCUUCCCUUUGAUCCGGCCGUUGAAUCGUUCCUCGACACCCACACCAAGCUGGACAUUGGCGGAGUGAGCUCCACGUUCCGGGAUUCCAAAUCAGCUCCGUUCCACUGGACGAAAGAUCUCACGUUCGAGGAGGUAAAAGUGAUCCAGGACAGCUGCGUAACCGCGAUGAAGUCGUGGGGUUAUCGCAACGCUACCAGUGAGCAGGAUCUGCUGAACUUCAACCCUCUGUUGCCGUACAGCGUGUCGUGAAACUUCUCUGGAGGGGAUUAGACUGAGGUGACGGUGGUCGGUACCGGCGGCAGUUACUACGGCACAGCGGUACAUUAGAAGACGAAUUGCUGUCUUUCGGUCAUCAUUCGUAUGCAGAGCGAAAUAUUCGCGGUGAUUCUAGUGAAAUGGGUAAUGUACUUGUCCGUUUUGAACGGCGGCACCGGAGCUCCGAGCUGCUCCGAUACCGAAGAUGAGCACGUAUAUUUUUAAGCGUUAUUAAGAACAUGAGCAUCUGUGAUGAAACCUAGGUAAAACGAUAAAAUAUCGAUUAAUUUAUGUGAGCACUAAUACUGGCCGAACAAAAACUACAUUACUAUAAACUAACUGCGACUAGGUACUACUGUGUCCGUGUGCUUUGUCUGAACGGUCCACUAGUGUAGCAGAACUUGCGGAAAAUGUCGUUCUUCCUAUUGCUGCAGAAGGGAAAGCUUGCAGAGAAUAUGCUUUCUAACCAUCGGCAUUCAUUAGACUUUGAAUCUUAACUUGAUGCACUCUCGACUCCUCCUCUACUGGUUUUAAACUUACUUCCAACUCAUUGACGACUCGUUUACAGCUUAUUCUAGACAUGAGCUUAAAUUUACAAACUUUCAAAUAAUUUCCAGGAAUUCAGUGUGAAACAAUAUUAUCAUCCUAAUAUAGUGAGACUAAAUUGGGCUAUUAUUAACAUAUGUUAAUAAUAUAUUAAAUUUUUUACAUAUCCGUUCGGAUAUAACAGGUGGUCAAUGGAAAAUGAGAAUAAAAUUAUAAAAAUAUAAAUUAAUAUGAUAAAGUAAAAGAUUUUUUUUUAAUGAAUUCAAUAUUUUUUAUUAAACACAUAAUGUUUAUUUUUCAAAAAACGUCAAAGAAUAAAAAAGAGGGGGCCCUGAUCAGCCGUACGACGCAACUUUUUCGUCUCACAAGAGCGCUGGGCGGCAUCGACGUCCAUCUUUCGGAUACAAUUCCGGAUCCUGGUGGUCAACUACGUCGUAUCUUUGGCCCGCCAAUUAUUUUUGUACAGUAGGGCACUGAGGAAGCCGAAAAAAUCCUUUAUAGGACGGCACUGGGACAAGUAGGCUGGGUUCUUUUCCUUCCGCAAGUACGGCGUUUCGUAAAACCGUACAACAAGCUCGUGGAGUGCUUGUUAUUUCGACGCCAUCUUCGAUUGAAUUGACGGCAACCGAGUGAAAAGAAUGCCACCCAUUUUUAGGAAGUUCAAGAGAAUUAAGAGAAACAAAUUUACGCUCUUU